AUGUGGCCUCAAUCAGCAGUGGCUGCGGUGAUGUCAGACGAAAUUCCCUCACGAGGAGGCUGCCCUGCUCUCUGCUCUCUGAUUGGGCACACCUUCCCCACAUCCCUCUCUCUCUCCGCUGUGAUUGGCUUCUCUGCGUCUCUUCCGCCUCCGGACUGCGCGCUCAUUGGCUCCCUCACGUGUCCUCGUUCUGCUAGCAACCGCUCCUGCAACUUCACCCGUGAUUCCUCAUCCAACAUGUCCAAAGACACCGACAAGAAGAGCGACAAGAUCAUGGACAUGGAGUGCGAGGCGCUGUGGUACCCGGACGCCAAGAAGGACACGCAGAUGGACCGGUGCAGGACGAGGAUCAACAGGGACUUUGGGCUUAACCUGGCGAACUAUCAGGAUCUGUACCAGUGGUCAGUCGACAAUUACCCCGAGUUCUGGGCCCAGGUGUGGAACUGCUGUGGCGUGGUGUGCUCCAAACCGUACGAAGAGGUGGUGGACACUUCCAAGAGGAUCUCGGACGUUCCCGAAUGGUUCCGAGGAGCACGACUGAACUACGCGGAAAACCUCCUGAAACACGAAGACCAGGACAAAGUGGCUCUGUACGCUGCCACGGAGAAAAACGAGGAGAUCGUGAAAGUGACGUUUGGAGAGCUGAGGCGGGAGGUGGCCUUGUUCGCCGCCGCCAUGAGGAAGAUGGGGAUCCAGAGCGGAGACCGGGUGGUGGGUGAGUGCUCCCAGGGGUCUGAGGGUCUGGCCCCUUUGGCUCCUACUCAAUGA